GCCCAGCCGAACCCACCCGCCGACCCGCCGACCCGCACGACGGGCAGGGGACGGGGACGGACCCCCGCAGCCCCAGCCCCGGGGACCCCGCCUUAGGAACCGGCCGCCGCCUCCGCCAGGGAGCCCCCCGCCCUUCCCGGCCGGGUUCGACGGCCGGGCCCCCCGGGGGCAGCCCCCGCACGCCGGGCGCCGCAGCGGCACCACCCGCUGGCGCCCCGACUCUGAGGAUGGAGGUCUGAGCAGGCCAGGGCGACCCGACCCCCCCAGCCCCCCGCAUCCCACGCCCUGUGACCUUUCAUGACCUCAGCGUGACCACCCCCGCCGAGGACCCCGGAGCCAGCGCGUCGCUCUCCCCGCUCCUCGCUCCGCCAGAAAAUGGGGCGGAAAAAGAUCCAGAUUCAGAGGAUCACGGAUGAAAGGAACCGCCAGGUGACGUUCACCAAGCGGAAGUUUGGGCUGAUGAAGAAGGCGUACGAGCUGAGCGUGCUGUGCGACUGCGAGAUCGCCCUGAUCAUCUUCAACCACUCCAACAAGCUCUUCCAGUACGCCAGCACCGACAUGGACAAGGUGCUCCUCAAGUACACCGAGUACAACGAGCCGCACGAGAGCCGCACCAACACAGACAUCAUCGAGACGCUGCGGAAGAAGGGCUUUAACGGGUGCGACAGCCCCGAGGCCGACGGGGACGACUCCAUCGACCAGUCCCCGCUGCUGGAGGAGAAGUUCCGCCGAGCCAGCGACGACCUGGACGUCCUCUUCAAGCGCUACGGGUCCGCCGUCCCGGCCCCCAAUUUUGCGAUGCCCGUGACGGUGCCCGUCUCGAACCCCAGCGCCCUGCAGUUCACCAGCCCCGGGGCCCCGCUGCCUUCCCCGGUCCUGGCGGACCCCCGCCUGAUGUCGCCGCAGCCCCCGGCCACCCAGAGGAACACCGUGUCCCCCGGUCUGCCCCAGCGGCCGGCCAGCGCAGGGGCCCUGCUGGGCGGAGACCUGGGCAGCAGUAACGGCGCCUGCCCCAGCCCCGUCGGGAACGGUUACGUGAGCGCCCGGACGUCCCCCGGGCUCCUGCCGGUGUCCAACGGGUCCGGCCUGCCGCUCAAGGUCCUGCCGGCCAAGUCCCCGCCGCCGCCACCCCCCGCGCCGCCCACCCAGCUCGGGGUCAGCGGCCGCAAGCCGGACCUGAGGGUCAUCACCACGCAGGGCCCCAAGGCCCUCGGCCCCCAGCUGACGGACGGGCAGGCGGAGCUGCAGAACGCACAGCGCCUGGGACUCCCCCCGACGACCCACGCCCUGAGCACUCCCAUCGUCUCCGUGGCUACCCCGAGCCUGCUGACCCAGGGCCUGCCCUUCCCCUCCAUGCCCACCGCGUACAACACAGAUUACCAGCUGACAAGCGCAGAGCUGACUUCUCUCCCAGCCUUCAACUCGCCCGGAGGACUGAGCCUGAGCAGUGUCACUGCCUGGCAGCAGCAGCAGCAGCAACAGCAACAACAACAACAACAGCAACAACAACAACAGCCACAGCCACAACAACAGCCGCAACAACAGCCGCAGCAGCAGCCGCAGCAGCAACCGCAGCAGCCCCACCUGGUCCCCGUGUCCCUGACUAACUUAAUACAAGGCAGCCCCCUCCCCCACGUCGCCACCCUCACAGUCAACACCAGCCCCAACGUCAGCAUCAAAUCGGAGCCGGUGUCCCCAAACCGGUGCCCGCGCAGCCCGGCGGCGCCCCCGCCGUUCCCCGUGGCCGGACGCUCGCCCGUCGGCGGCGCCUACGAGGGAGCUGAGUGCGAGGACGCCCGCAGAUCCGUCGGCCCGGCCCUCGGGCUCCUCCGGCCCGGCGCCCCCCCCGGAGGCCCUCCCGGGCCCCCCGAGGGCCCCGACGGCCCCUCCGCCAAGCGCUUGCGGCUGGACACUUGGACAUUGAAGUAAACUCUCCUUCUCCCGCCGACCGGAAGGUGAAAAAUGACAAUCCUAAUCUCGCUGCCACCGCCGCCGCCGCCCCCCCCCACACCUGCCCCCCCUCCUGGGUACCCUCCGGGGCCGCCUGGGGGAGGGCUUGCGGGGGGGGGGGGGUGUCCAGCCCCCUGUCCCGCUGCUGCCUCCCCCACCCCCCGUCUUGUUCCUGUUUACUGUGGACGGUUGUGGUCAAGUCAACUGUGUCUUCUGCGUUUACCCUGGCUUGAGGGGAGGGGCGGGGGGACACGCCGGACCACCACGGUAGAGGGGGAGGGAGGAGGGGAAUGGCCCAGGACUGAGGAGAGGGGCGAGGGGGCUUUGCACGACAGCAGACGGGAGCAAAGGUGCUGGGGGUCCUGAAAUCCGGGACCCCCUCCCUUUCCCCAUCCUCCCGCCCUCUUACCCUCUUCUCCUUCCCCGCCCCCCCGCCCCGCACUCUCGUGAAUGAAACCCGCUGCUCCUGCCACUGGCAUCCACUGGCCUGGGCCCCCUCCCCGAUUGGGCCCAGGGCAGGGGAGUCGGGAGGCGAUGUCGUGGUUAGGGCCUCCCUACGCCCCAUCCUCGCCUGCUGGGGAGGGAGGGGGUCCCGGGGGCUGCCCCUCUCCCUCCCCCACCCCGCACCAGCACAUCUGAGAUCCUGACUCCCCCAACCCUUCCGGCCUCCACGAACCUGCCCCCCCCAAUUUACCAGCUUGCUACCUCUGCCCCCCCAGCACCCUCUGCCCCGACCCCCCCUCGGCACACGUCCCUGUAAAUAGCAAACUCCCCCCCCACCCCCUGCCCCUCCAGCAGCAGUUGAAAGGGCCCUGAAGCCGUUCUGUGUAUUGAUAUGAAAUGAGAUUCUAUUUUUGUCAAAGUUAUAUUGUUAUAAUGACUUCGAAGCCACCGGACCACUGUAGAGACCGCCCCCCAGGCCCUCCUGCCCCCAGGCCUCCUCCCCCUUACGCCCGCCCCGCUCGACCCUCUACUGAGGGAGAUGCCGGGGGGCCGGGGGGGCACGGACACAGGGCUCACCUGUGUCCCCAAACCUCCGUGCCCUCUGCCCUACCCCCACCCCUGCAUUACAGAAAAGCCCCCGUCCCCUGGGGAAGAGAGAAAGAAGGGAGGGGUCACCUGGGAAGGAUUCGGGUUCUGGCCCCGGACCUCCUGCCAGCUGCUCCUCCCCACGCCUGGCACUGGCGAGGGCAGCGGGCCUGGUCUGGUGGGUGAAAGUCCAGGUGCCCUUAUUGAUCAGAGUGGCCAGCCAGACUUCCUCCUCCUCUUCCUCCUCCUCCUCCUCCUCUUCCCAUCAGGAGUCACUCCCAGAGGCCGGUGUAGA